UUUGUCAUUCAUUCAUAAACCAAAAACUCUUUUUUAACACUCUGCCUCCUUUCCCCAUUUAUGUAAAAUUCAUAAAAGCAAAGAAGCAAAAAAAAAAGCUCAUUGAUUUCUUCAAAGUGAUUUGUUUGUUUAAUAAUGUGGGCCAAACACAACAUGUUAUCAUCAACAACAACAAGAGCCAACAUGUUGUUCAUGUUAUGGCUAUUGUUUUCCUCUUGGGUUUUUUCCUUGGUUUCAGCCACUGUUUCUUACGAUAGCAAAGCUAUCAUCAUUAAUGGCAGAAGAAGGAUUCUCCUUUCUGGUUCUAUUCAUUACCCCAGAAGCACGCCUGAGAUGUGGCCUGAUCUUAUAGCAAAGGCUAAAGAAGGAGGGUUAGAUGUUAUACAAACAUAUGUUUUCUGGAAUGGACAUGAGCCUUCCCCUGGAAAAUAUUAUUUUGAGGAUAGAUAUGAUCUGGUUAGAUUUGUUAAGCUGGUCCAACAAGCUGGUCUUUAUGUUAAUCUCAGAAUUGGUCCCUAUGUUUGUGCUGAAUGGAACUUUGGGGGAUUCCCUGUUUGGCUCAAAUAUGUUCCUGGUAUUGCUUUCAGGACAGAUAAUGGACCUUUCAAGGCUGCAAUGCAAAAAUUCACAGCGAAGAUAGUCAACAUGAUGAAAGCAGAGAAGCUGUUUCAGACUCAGGGAGGUCCAAUAAUUAUGGCUCAGAUUGAGAAUGAGUUUGGUCCAGUCGAAUGGGAAAUCGGUGCUCCCGGCAAAUCUUACACCAAAUGGGCUGCACAAAUGGCAGUCGGACUCCGGACCGGUGUCCCGUGGAUUAUGUGUAAGCAAGACGAUGCACCUGACCCUGUGAUAAACACCUGCAAUGGAUUCUACUGUGAGAACUUUACACCCAAUGCAAAAUAUAAACCGAAGAUGUGGACUGAAAACUGGACAGGCUGGUUUACGGAGUUUGGUGGUGCGGUUCCGACAAGACCGGCAGAAGACAUAGCAUUUUCAGUUGCAAGGUUCAUACAGAAUGGUGGUUCAUUUGUUAAUUAUUACAUGUACCACGGUGGAACCAACUUUGGCCGGACAGCCGGUGGUCCCUUCAUUGCAACUAGCUAUGAUUAUGAUGCUCCUAUUGAUGAAUAUGGGCUUACAAGGGAACCAAAAUGGGGACAUCUAAGAGAUUUGCAUAAAGCAAUCAAAUCAAGUGAAGCAGCUUUAGUUUCUGCGUAUCCUACAGUGACAUCUCUUGGAAGUAAACAAGAGGCUCAUGUAUUCAAGUCUAAGUCCGGUGCAUGUGCUGCAUUCCUAGCAAACUAUGACACGAGAUAUUCCGUAAAAGUAAAGUUCGGAAAUGGUCAAUAUGACUUACCUCGUUGGUCCAUCAGCAUCCUCCCGGACUGUAAAACUGCUGUUUUUAACACAGCCAAGAUUGGUGCUCACAGCUCAAAGAAGGCAAUGGUGCCUGUAAACAGUGCAUUUUCUUGGCAAUCAUACACUGAACAAAGCCCCACUGCUGAUGAUCGAGAAGCAACUGUACAUAAUGGUCUCUGGGAACAAAUAUAUCUCACCAGAGAUGCUUCAGAUUAUUUGUGGUACAUGACAGAUGUAAAAAUCGACCCUAAUGAAGGGUUCUUGAAGGGUAGGCAAGGUCCUAUUCUCACUGUUUGGUCAGCAGGCCAUGCUUUGCAUGUUUUCACCAAUGGUCAACUAUCGGGUACCGUGUAUGGCGGAUUAGACAAUCCAAAACUAACAUUCAGCAACAAUGUCAAGCUAAGAGCUGGGAUUAACAGGAUUUCUUUAUUAAGUGUUGCAGUUGGGCUCCCGAAUGUUGGCACUCAUUUUGAGACAUGGAAUGCCGGCGUUCUAGGUCCGGUUACAUUGAAGGGUCUCAAUGAAGGGACAAGAGACAUAUCCAAGCAAAACUGGUCUUACAAGAUUGGUCUAAAAGGGGAAGCCUUAAACCUUCACACUGUUACUGGAAGCUCUUCAGUUGAAUGGGUUCAAGGAUCACAAUUGGUGAAGAAACAACCUAUGACUUGGUACAAGACAACUUUUAACGCACCGAGAGGCAAUGAACCGUUAGCUUUAGAUAUGAGUAGCAUGGGAAAAGGGCAAGUAUGGAUAAAUGGCCAGAGCAUAGGACGCCACUGGCCUGGAUAUAUAGCUCGAGGUAGUUGCGGUGCUUGUGAUUAUGCCGGAACUUAUACUGACAAGAAAUGUAGAACUAACUGUGGAGAGCCUUCUCAAAGAUGGUACCAUGUUCCACGUUCAUGGGUGAAGCCAAGUGGAAACCUUUUGGUUGUGUUUGAAGAAUGGGGUGGUGAUCCAUCUAGGAUUGCUUUGGUUAAAAGAACUGCAACCGCAUGAAGAAGCUCUCAGUUGAAGCUGCCUGCAAUUGAUGUCUAAAGAGAUAGAUUUGUGAUAAUGAAGUUCAGUUAGUUCAUAUUCAGUACAUAUAUACUCAGUCUCCUUGUGAGUUUCAAAGGUAAUUCAAGCUUUACACAUUCCGUUACUGCAAAGAAGAUAUUGAUUUGAAUAUGAUAGAAGGCAAUAAAGUGUGAAUCAAGUGAAGUACAGCAUACUCUGUUCGGCCAACAACAAAUAUUGGUUGUGAAAUGGUCGGAAAAGAAAGCUUUAUGUACAUAGAGAAGCUAUUAUUUGUCUGACACAGCUUUAUAAAGCAUACUUAGGAUCACUUUCUAAUACCCAGGAUUCCUCUAGCUUUUGCUGGAAUCAAGUUAUGCUUGUAAAGUCUUUAGCGGCAAGCAAUUUCAUUGCUUCUCCUUGUAAUAGUAAAUGGAAAAGUAAUAAAUCCAAGCAUUUCAAUAGCAUUUUGCA